AUGGCAGCUUUUGUGAGGGUGUCAGGCCCGCCCAAUAGCAAUUUCCUCGUAGGAUAUCCAGGAAUCUCUGCGACGCUGCCACGAAUAGAAGGGAGAGUAGAGGUACGGCCGGCAGUCGGCGUCAGCGCGCCUGUCAAUGUCUCCCUGGUCACAGUGUCGCUGCAGCGGCGCGAAUCGAUAUCACCCAAUGCCGACUCCUUCGUGCGCACCCUUAACUCCUCGAAUCGGAAGGAGAUUACGGACAUAGUAGGCAAGGAGAUGCUACUGUUCAGAUGUCCGCCUGGGAAAGAGUUCGAGCCAGUGCUGUGCAUGGACCUACCGUUUGUCAUAUUCAUACCUUACGGCAGAGGCGGUGAGGAGAUUGCGAGGAGGGUACCGCCUGCGAGCUUACAGCUGGACAAGCGAACGGCAGAGACAUUCUACGAGAUCGUAGUCACAGUGCAGCAAGGCCACCAAGAGCAGCGAAAAUACCCCUUCCCCGUACCCAUAUCGCGUUACGACACACUCAGUACAUUCGGCAUGUACAACAGGCCCGAGAGCGCAGAACGCGUAACAGACCAUCUCGUGACGCUUGGCAUCAGCUUACCACGCUGGAGUUAUGGACCACUGGAUCCUGUAUCGGUGUACAUCAAGCUGUCGCCGAACCCUGACUGGCUGACCAAGGCGAAGCGUGUAACAAUACAGAGUAUCACAGUCGGCAUUGACGAGGAAAUCAUAUACAAUCCCGAAGGCGACGAGCCGACGCGAAAGGUAAAGACACUGGCAAAGCACCAGCAGAGUGUGGGCGUGAGAAUGCCAGAAGCAGGUUACUUCACCAACCUCGGCCUGGUCUUUCCCGCACGAGAGCUGCGAGACAAUGAAGGCGUAUUGCCGAGAGGUAGGAAAGAGUUUCCCAUGUACAGCGUGAGCGGCUUCACGACUACUGGCACGCUGUACAAGAUCGAAUACUACCUCACAGUCAAGGCCAAGAUGUCUUCGGCUCGCGACAUCCUUCUAAGACAACCCAUUGUGGUGUGCCCGUUCGAUCACGCCGGCUGCAAGGAGGAAAUGGAAGCAAUCGAACAGGCCGCAAAGGAUGCUGCACACAUAUCGCCGGACAAUCCCAUGCUGCCGGCCGCCUCAAUCAUAAAAGCCAAUGACCCGGCUGGUCUUCGCGCGCUUGGCGUGUGCAUGAUUGGAGGACAGCGAAGACCGCUCAUCGAGUGA